ACUUCACCUCGUCUCUUUCCUUCUCUCUUUCCUUCUCUUUCCUUCUCUUUUCCUCUCGCAAGCCAUGGCGCGCAUGUCGCAGUCGCCGCACGAGUUCAUCCGGUACGCGUUGGGCCCGCGCGUGCUCGUGUGCGCUUCGGACGACUGCCAGCAGGUCUUCCGACGCAAUGGCUUGACGCUCGUCGAUGCGCUGCGUCCCUUUGCCAACGUCCCUGCCGCCGACCUUGCAAGAACGAUGGCGCCGUCCCAGUCGCAGCAGGCGGCGCAGCAGUCGCACCAGCAGGGCUCGGCGGGAGGCGCAGCGGGAGCCAACAACGCGCGCAGACCAUUGCAGGACAUGCCGUUCCACUUUGUAGAGCCGGCAGACCUCGAGCCAGUCACGGCAGCCAUCAUGAACAGGGUGCUGACAGACGUCACGGUGCGUGCUCAUUCAGUGUACCAGCAUCAGGCGGCUGCAUCUGCAGCAUCAGGACCUGCAGCGGCGACUGGAACGAGUGCUGGUGCUGGUGCUGGUGCUGGUGCUGGUGCGGGUGAUGACAGCGCCCUCGCCAUCCCGCUCCAGCGAACUGCAUUGGAUGCGAUCGUGCCUCCCUCUGCAAGCAUCACUUCGCGCGAGGAUGUCGCUCGCGUGCUUGCUGAGAGCGAGAGCCGGCCGUUGACGCCGUGGUUUGAGGCGUAUCGGGAUGCGGUUGUGCGACUCUUGCGCCCGUCCGCCCAUGAAUACAUCUACCACCCCGUCGCCUGUGUCGUGGCCGUGUCGACAAUUGCACUAGAUCCCGUCACUGCUGCUCGUGCUGCUUUCGACCCUUUGCACCCGCCGGCAGCCUUCCAGAGCAACAUGCUGGACAUUAACAUUCCUCGCGUCUGCUUGCUCGUUCACGACGCCGAGCUUGCUCAGAACUGUGACCCGGAGGCCGUGCUCACCUCGCUGCGCGCCAUGUAUGGCCCAUCCAAUGUGUACUUUAUGCCCAUGAACACGCGAACAAUGAUUUCGCCGCUUGACGUUGCCAGCGCACCCGCAAACAAGCGCCAGGAUUUGUCGCCAGUCCAGGACGUCUGGUCAGGGCUCAUGUUUGAAGCAGUCACGCCCAGCGGUGCCGCUGGUGCAUCGGGACUGCUGUCGUCCAUCCCGGCCUCUCUCAGCAACUCGAUGCUUUCGCUCAACGCUGGUUCCGACUCGCCAUCGCGAACCUCCAUCGACCUCAACUCGACGCAGGCAUCCUCGUCCUCAACGACCACCACUUCGUCGUCAGUGUCACCAACCCCAUCGUCGGUUUCUUCGGUCUCGGGCUUGUCCACCACCACCUCGCCGCCGACAUUCUCCGAUCCGCUGACCAGCAUGGCCAAUGACGGCAAUUUGUCGGGCCACCCCGUCGUCCGUCUCUCUGUUGGUGGUGCCGGCAGCCCCAUCCAUCCCUCCAUGGGAGGUGCCGUGGGUGCAGCAGGCCACGCCGCAACAGGCUCGCCCGCGUCAACCAUGGCCAACACACUCGCUUCGUCUGGCCCUUAUUCCGUCCCUCCUGCGAGCUUCUUCCCUGGGGGCCAGCGUGGAUACUACCUGUCCGUGGACGAUGUCGUCAAUCUGCGCAACUUUGCCGUCGAGGUCGCUCUCAAGUUCUCCAUUCCGCACAUGGAGCGCGUGGUGCAGACAAUCAACGACACCAUCAAUGCCAGCAAGAGCGGCAUUCGCAAGUCGGUGGUGACGGCCGCAAAGCGUUGGUUUGGCAGUGGCAAUGAUUCGAGCUCGCAAGCGCAAAACAAGCCUGGCACCAGUCCCGUGAACGCCCCUCGCGGAACGGCUGCGUCUCCCGCAGUCGGUCGAGCCCCCGGUGCUCCGGCUGCAGUCAUUGGAGGUGCAAACAUUACCGCGUUGCAACAGUCGUUGGUCGGUGUCCCGAACGAGAUUUUGCUGCGCCGCGCUGCCGACCUCGCCUUCAUGCUGCAAGACUAUGAUUUUGCCGCGACGUCCUUCCAUACCAUCAAGAAGGACUUUAGCAACGACAAGGCGUUCAAGUACUAUGCCGGUGCGCAAGAAAUGACGGGCCUGUCGUACUUUAUGUCCGAGGCCCACAAAAAGGAUUACGACCACUACUUUGAGUCGGCCACCACCAUUUAUCUCACGCGGUGCAAAUGGCCCACGUUUGCUGCACGCACCACCAUGCUCGCAACCGAAGUGUUCAAAGCGAAAGGGCUUUUCCGCGAGGCUGCAUCCGCCUUUAUUCGAAUGACUGGAGAGGAUUCCGACUUGCGAAGUGCUUUGCUUCUCGAGCAGGCUGGUCACUGCUUCUUGCGACUCAAUCCUGUCAUGUUCCGCAAAUAUUCCUUCCACUUGAUUCUUGCCGGCCAUCGCUUUUCCAAGUGUCAACAGCGACAACACGCGCUGCGUUGCUACACGAGUGCUUUCAAGAUCUUUGGCAACCGCGCGUGGAGCGCUGCGGACGAUCACACGCAAACCACUCUGGGCAGACAGUCCAACCAACUGGGCUUGCUGGAAGAGGCCUUGGUUUCGUUCUUUGACUUGAUUAGCAGCGGAGACACCCCGAUUCAGCAAAAGCUGAACUAUUUGAAAGAGUUUCUGACCAUUUACAAGAACUACUCGAGCAAGCUCGACGAUGGCAGUGACGUCCUCCCAACGCUGCCUGUGCCUCAUCUCAACAGCUCUCGAAUCAAGGUUGUGCUGGAUGAAACAUCCACGCAGCUCAAAUCAAAGCUCACCCGAGAAGAGUGGGUCGAGAUGGAGAAGAACCUGAUUGCAUCAACCCAGCAAGUGGGCGCAUCGUCUUCAGCUGCAAGCGUCAUGCCCAACGCGAUGGCAGCCAUGGCGGCAGCUGCUGCUCGUUCCGACAUUCGCCCGCGGACUGUGUGUGUUGUCGGAGAACCCGUCAAGAUUGACAUUGAGGUGUACAACCCACUCCAACUCCCAUUACAACUCCACCGCGUCAGUUUGAGGUGCUUGUUCUCCACUACUGCGCCCACGCUGGAGACUGAGAUUUCAGCCGAUGCCCAGCGAACGCGCGAGCGAGUUGCAAACCAGCUGACCAACCGGCCAUGUCUUGCUGAUCAGCUGGCUCAGCAGGCGUCCAACGCUGCCAACGCCUUUGCGACUGAGGUGAUUGAAAAGAUUGAGCUCGCUGGCGGCGAGCGUCGCACGAUUCGACUGCUUGUGACACCUCUUACAGAGGGCUUUAUUCGCGUCCGUGGCCUGGUCUACACGCUGGGCGUGGGAGCAAACAUCAAGGGGCGACGUGACUUUGUUCUGCGCGGCAAGCGGUUGAACUCGACGAAAAAGCACAAACUCGACCAGAUUUAUGCCGGCGACAAUCGCCUGACGCUCGAAGUCACCGGUCCUAUGCCCAAACUGCUGGUCAAGUUCACUGGCGUGCCAGAGUCCGUGUACAAUGGCGAAGUUGUUCGCGCCACGCUCGAAGUGGCAAAUACCGGCAACUUUGCGAUGCGCAACUUGCGCGUCAAGCUUUCGCACCCGGCCUUCAUCUCGUUUGGCACCGCGUCGAAUGCGGCAGAAGACGCCUCAUCCGUUGCAUCGCAUGUCACGGCGCUCUCUCCGUAUGACGUUAUUCCCGCCGCUCCCGAAGAGCGGACGCGCCUCAACUGGUCGGUGCUGCACGGUGGAGCGUCAUUGGCACCACAACAGAACUUUGCCGACUCGGCUGGCAAGACGGUGGCUCCCAUUUCGCUGGAUGCAUUCUCGGACGUCACGCUCCAAACCAUCCCGCUCGGGAACGCCACCAACAACAAGGGCGGCACGUUGCUGCCGGGAUCCUCGUUGGUCGUCCCAGUCUUUGUCCGCGGCGACGAGCUUGGCGAUCACCUGUUCAGCAUGCUCUUCUACUAUGAAGCGGACCGCAGUGUGUCGUCUUCCACCGCGACCAAGUCCGCAGGCAUGGGGUAUCGCCUGCAGCGAUUUUGCUUGGGAUUGUCUGUCAUGCCGGCGCUGCGUGUUUCUGCCUCCUGCCGCCCGGCCACCUCGCAGGUGAAUGAGCAGAUUGUUGCGCUUGAAGUUGAAAACAUGCACACCACGCACGAGUUUUCCGUCGAGCAAGUUUCAGCCGUUUCUGGCAACUGGAGUCUGGUGCCCCUCGCUCGCAGAUCGGCUGCCGACAAGGACAGCGCUGCCGCCGUGGCGUUGACGGGUUCAUCAGCAUUGAAGCUGGCACCGCGUGAGGUUGUGUCAAUCUACUUCCGCGCAACCGAAAUCGCGCCGGCAGAGGUUCGUGAUCUGGCUCAACGCUUCCCUGUUGAGGCACCCACGUCCUCUGCUGCCUCCAGCAGCUUGGCAGUGCCAAAACUCAUGUUUGGCGUGACGCAAUCCCCUUCUACUCCGAGCGGUCCCAGCGUCGCUCCGCAGCCCUUCCCACUUUGCUUUUCGACCUGUCCGUUCGGCUCGACGGGGCCUGCGGGCAAUAUUGAUCCGCGUACGGCGCCGGCGCUGAACUUUAUGCUUUGCUCGGCGCAGGUGCAAGCCAAAGAGGUGGAGGCCGCACUUGUUGCCAGCCUCCUGGGUGCCUCGCCGUCCAUGGGCGUCCCGACGUCGUCCGGGCUCGUGCCAUUCAUUACACCGUCGUCGUCUUCGCCCGCACCUGCCACUCCCGGCCCAGCCACACCUGCUCCAGUCCCACAGUUCGCCGCACUGUCCAUGAUGGGCAGCGAUCGCUUGGGAGUUGUCCUGUUCUGGCGCGGCGUUCAGCGCAUUGCCCAAGGCCAGCUCCACGCCUUCCAAGUGGACAUGGCCCUGCCUGCGCCUGUUCUCUCCCUUCCUACCUCCAAUGCUGCUUUUGGUGCUGGAUCGUCCUUGUCGUUCGCCAGCCUUGACAUGAACACGCGCUCGCCCUCUGGCAGUGUCAGCCCCGCCUCCGCCAUCGCGCCUGGGCAGCACCACGCCAUUGGCCACUCGCGCUCCAACUCUGGCGCUUUCUCGUCGGGCAGCUUCCUGACUUCCGAAUCCGCCGCCGCGCAGCAAACGCUGAGUACCGGCAAUCUGCCCGUGUUGGCCAACAACGACGCCAGUAGCCUCAGCUUGCCCUUCGCGACCGUGUCCGCCCUGUCGUCGCAGCCCAUCCAAUAUGCACUGCAGUUUGCAGACGAGCGAUCUCAUUUGUUUUCGGCUUGGCGUCUGUGCCAUGUGCAAGGAACACUGGUGCUGUUCAAUCGCUCCCACACAACCGCUUUUGAAGUUGUGGUGGAGCUGCUGCCCCCAGUUGUGCUCCAUGGCACUUUAAAUGUCCCUUCUACUUCACGCUACCAAUGGACUGGUGUCGUCCAGCGUCGCACUACGCUGCUGCCACGCCAGCGUGCAGAACAGCCUUUGGAAAUGUGUUGCUUGCAGCCCGGUCUGUACGAUAUGCACCGCUUGCGUGUCUCCUACAACGCGGUCGUUCCCAAGUCUGGUGCGGCAGCCAACGAGCCUGCCACUCCUGCGGCUGUGGUGUCGACCACGACACAGGGCGCUGGCACCGCGCUGCAAGUUCCAGUCACGCCUUCCCCUGGGCUCGUUGGCGUGGCCCCUGCGUCGAGCGCAGCCGCGGGCGAACCUGCCACCGUCGUCGUUCAGCAAGGCUAUUCCUGCAUCAUCUCGGUGGAAGCCGCGGUCGAGCCGCCUGCUGGAGCGACAAGUGCUUCAUUGACCAGCAUCGCGUAGUGAUGCUCUUUUAUUCGUUGUUGGGUCGUGUUUUCCUCAUUGUACAAUUUUUUUCUUUAUAAACCACAACUGGCCUGUUCGCAACUAAGAACACCAAAAACCAA